CAUCCGAAUGUGUUCGUGUAUUUUAUCAAAGCUAUGAAGUUGUUAAAAUUCAGUCACCACAUUCUACGUACUAAGCUAAAGUGAAAUAAGUUUCACUAAAUUAAUUUCUUGGCGUACCGUUGUUUAUACUAGUAAUUAAUACUCGAUAAGUAUUAGGAAAUUCAGGGCGCAGUGCGUUGUGCUGGCAGUCAAACAUUCAGGUAGUUUUGCGCUGGUGUGUCCGAGAGUUAAUAGCAAAUAAACCUCUAUAUUUUCAACGAAGAAUAAAAUGGAAUCAAGUUACAAGGCUGAUAUGCGAAUGACGUCCAUAUAGUGAAUAUAAUAUUAUAGGAAUAAAUUGAAAAAUUACAGAUUUUUGAAAAAACCGGAACGUUUUGUAUAAAUACUUAAAGGCUGUGUUUUCCAUAAGAAAAACUUCUACUUUAUCGGAGUUUAUACAAAAUAAUUAAUAUAAAGAACAUGUUACAAGGAAUUCUUUUCAAGAAAUGGUUACUGCUUCGUUUUUUCGAAUAAAAGUUCAACCUGAAAACUCUGAAAUGUUUGAGGUUAUGUUUCGUUAAAACAUGAAUUUCUUGCAUUAACAAACAAACCAACUUAUUUGGACAAGAAGAACAAACUGGAUCAGUUUACAUGAAUGGAUGAUGCUUGGAGGCAAUGAACGGAAUGGAGAGACAUGGGCAUGGACAUGGACACUCACAUGCGCAUUCGCAUCGUCAUCGUCAUUCACAUGGAAAUUUACAAAGCGCAUCUCAGAACUCAAAUCAAUCGUCGAAACAUAGCCACACCCAUGCAACACACAUACAGAAAGACACAGCUGCUGUACAAACGUCUCAGAAACCAAGAAAUUACAAGCUGCUAGUUGAUCCGUUUUUAGUCAAAGGUGCAACAAAGUUAUACAGAUACGAUGGAAUGGUCCCAGGAGAUCCGACUUAUCCUGAAGUUCAACCACGAGAUCCCAGAUCGCAGUUAACAAGAAUUUGGACUCGUUUGGAACAACUUGACUUGCCUGUACCUAGAUUCAAAAUUGACUCUAAUUAUUGCGGCGAACCACCACCGCUCGAAGUAACGUUUUGUCAUUUAAAUGAUAAUAUAGAUAAAACUUUUUUAACGGAUAUGGUUCAAAAAUUUGGAGUUGUAGAAGAACUUAUCGUUUAUUAUCAUCCUUUAACCAACAAACAUCUCGGUAUCGCGAGAGUUGUAUUUGAAAGUACGAAAGCUUCAAAAGCAUGCGUAGAAAAAUUAAACAAUACGUCUGUGAUGGGCAAAGUCUUAAGAGUGUUCCUCGACGCAUUCGGUGAAGAGUGUAAAAAGAUCUAUGAUGAAUUGACCGUAGAAAAGAAGGCAGAGAAGAAAAUCGAAAAGGAGAUUAAAUCUGAAAAUGAUCAAGAGAAACAAACACCGAUUGAAAAAAUUAUUACCGAAGAACGGGACGAUUUCAGAAGUAAUAAAAAAAUGGUGUCGAAUAUAGAGAAAUCGAGAGAUACGUACGUAGAAAACUCAAGAUACAGCAAAUAUAGAGAUUACCCUACUCCUAGUGGCAGUACUGGAAGCGAUUUAGGCUAUGGUACUGCGCCCAGUGAAUUAAAUUAUUCUAACAAUUAUUCUCAAAAUUCUACUCCAGCCACAAAUUAUGAUUUUUAUUAUAGCAGCUAUCAUCAUCAACCACCGAAUAAUUAUUUAGCAAAUAUGCCCCAAAAUGUAACGCAAAAUCUCUCGAUUCAACAGAAUUCAAGUAUAUGGUGGGGGAACAAUACAGGGUCAACAGGUUACGCAUCGUCCUCUAUGUGGCCUGUACAACACGGAACUAACAUAGAUAAUCCUAAUUCUAACAUAAUUCCGAUUACGAAGGCUUCUAAUGUAAAAAUGCAUCACACACCUAAAAAAGAAAAAGAGAAGGAGAAUCAAAGCAUUACAAAAAUCUCGUCGGGCGAUUCGCCGAUAGAGACGCGUAAAACGUUAGACUUGGAUACAAGAAUUGCUAUGUUAUUGAAAGAUAAAGCCGGAGGAAUGGCACCGCCGUUCUUGCAGUUUGGUAGCGAUUCCGAGGAUGAAAAAAAGUCUGCGAAUGCAGACAACGAAAUGCUUUCGGAACCACCGAGUCCUUUUCUGUCUCAUGAAACGUACAAAUCGUGCUUCGAGAAAAUGAGGGAGAGGAAUAAGGAACGUUGGAAAAUACAUGAGAAUAGCCUCAAUCAGUUUUCCGUUGACGAAGAAUUAGGUAGCGUCAUAAGUUCGAGCGAAGACGAAGCGUUAUUGGGAAGUUAUAGCCCUGCACCGGACGAUAUUGAACCAGAACCACCAAAAGAGCCACCGCCUCCGCCUCCGCCCGACGAUGAUAGAAUGUCAUUAAGUCCGUUAAGUUCAGGAGAUGAGAAAAUCGAGGAGGUUAUAGCUCAAACGGAACCUACGAGUCAGUUAUAUCCAGGAGCUGGUUAUCCUGGACAUCUAACCCAUUAUCCCAACAGUGAUAUGUACCAUUGGCCACGACCAGCACAAUAUCCAUAUCCUUACGGAACAACAUACUUACAGAGUCAUUACCAACCUAAUACUACAUCAUUUUCCGGAGCAGUAGGAAAUCAUCAAGGGGCUAAUUAUUAUCCAUCUUUUCAAUCGCGACUUCACGCCAUGGCUAAUCACAAUAUUACGAAAGAUAAUCCACAGGGUCCUACUAUUAACGGAGUAUUGAACAGAGUUGUAAAUGAAUUAAAGCAAAUUUUGAAAAAGGACUUUAAUAAGAAAAUGAUUGAGAAUACUGCGUUCAAACUGUUUGAAGUUUGGUGGGACGAAAAGAAAUCUGAGAAAAGUCAAAAUCAAGGAGGAUAUAAUACCAUUGUUAAUAAUAACGGUAAUAAAGAGGAAGGCUCGAAACCUCAAGGAAUAUCACUGCUUUUGGAGCAGACAACUCCGCUUGGAUUUAAUUACGAUGGAUUUGGUUUGGGAAUUAGAGCUAGUAUGCCAAAGAUGCCUUCUUUCAGGCGCAAAAAUAAAGCUCCUAGCCCAUUGCCGCAAGACGAAGAUAGCCGUCAGUCUGAUCAUGGCGACACUGAGAUCAUAGAAAGCGAUAGCGACCUUGACUUAACAUCGGUACAAAAGGUUAAAAGGCCGAUCACUUCUCUUCCAAGUAUUUCUUCGUCGUCUUCAUCGUCAUCGUCAAACGAUAGCAGUAGCGACGAGAUGAGUUGCAUCGAAUCUUCCAGCAGUUCGAACGAUAGUUCCGACGAAGAAGUAUGUUCUGGCAAUUUUGAAGACGAGCAAGACACGGACAGUCGUAUGUCGGAUCAACGUCCCUUGGCUUGCAAUAGCGAAGAUCCCGAUAUUUUAACGGAACUUGCGAUACAAAGGUCGCUAGAUUGUCCAACUCCAACUGGUAGAGAAACGCCAAUACCGAAUAUUAAAAUAAAAGACGUGAAUUCAAAUGAAUUUUCGCAAUUCGAAAAUGAAGCUAAUUCUGUGUCGUCUCCGCUAAGAUACGAGAGUGACAAAGAAGACGUUGGAAAGGCAAACAAAAAUUCUGUCAAUGAUGAACAUUUUGAAAAACCUAGAACAAUUAGUGUAGACGUGAAAGUGAAAAAUGUGCAGGACGAAACAGAAAGUGAUGUAAAGAGUACGUUUGCUUCGGUAGUACCGGUAAAACAAGAGCCUCGUGACAUGCAAAAAAUGGAGAAUUCUGCAGCAGAAGCUUUAAUAACAUUGGCUGGACAAGAUAAUAUUAUAAGACAUAGGAGUCCGGGACCUUUACAACCAAAUAUUAUCAGAGCUCUGCAAACUAUGUCUGCCAAGUACAUCAACGACGAGCCCAUAUUGAAAGAAUCGGAAAAGAUUGAAAUGUUUAGCGAAAUACCUACUACCGAUUCCGAGGAGGAGAGCUUAGAAAUCAGAAGAUUAAGGUACCAAGCUGAAGCUGAUCUUCGAUUAAAUGGUCAACAAAGUCCGAGCUCGCCCGGUUCGCAAGCUUCGCAAGUUUACAUGGAACAUUCUUAUUCAUUACCGCCAUCGCAACCAGAAAUAACAGAAUUUGUAGUUCGCGCGCCGCCGGCACAAAUAAAACCCGUGAAAAUUAAAUCUUCGAAAAUUAUAAAAUUGGCAAAGAGCAAAGAUAAGACCCACAAAGUAGAAAAGCGGAAAUAUAAUAAAUACACGAAAAUACAUAGUCAUCAAAAUCAUGAAGGGGAGAAGGAAAAUAUUCAAAAUGAAUUCGUUUAUGAAAAAUACUCUCAACAAGUUGUUCAAGAACCAACGGUCACGUACAAAGAACGUGAUCUUAUGUCAGAAAUGGCUAUUUUGUACGAAUUUUUAACUAGAGGUAUAGACGCAGAAGACGUGGAAUAUUUAAGACGAAGUUACGAAGCUUUAUUAGCGGAUGAUAGCCAAGGUUAUUGGCUAAACGAUACGCAUUGGGUCGAUCACCCUGCCACGGAUAUUCCAAGCCCUGCGAAACGAAGAAAAAGGGAUGAACUUAGAUUACACACCAGUGGAAGUGCAAGAACAGAAGGAUAUUAUAAAGUUGAUGUACGAGAAAAAGCUAAACACAAGCAUCAUUACGCGCAAAGUAUACAACGCAGUAACGAUGUCGAAGAUAGUAAUGGUCCUUAUGCCGGAGGUGAUGGAACAAUAAAUGGUCCCAAAAACAAUUCUAAAGCGUUAACUGGUAAAAUGCAAGCUCUGUCUCGCGAAGCCCGAAGUAAUCAACGUCGAUUAUUAACAGCUUUCGGUAUUGACACUGACAGCGAUCUUCUUAAAUUCAAUCAAUUGAAAUUCAGAAAAAAACAGUUGAAAUUUGCUAAAUCUGGUAUUCACGAUUGGGGUUUAUUUGCUAUGGAACCAAUUGCAGCCGACGAAAUGGUCAUUGAAUAUGUUGGCCAAAUGGUUAGGCCAGUUGUUGCUGAUUUAAGAGAAUCUCAAUACGAAGCUACCGGUAUCGGUAGUUCUUAUCUUUUCCGUAUUGAUUUAGAUACAAUUAUUGAUGCAACCAAGUGUGGCAAUUUAGCACGAUUUAUUAAUCAUAGCUGCAAUCCAAAUUGUUAUGCAAAAGUAAUUACGAUCGAAAGCCAAAAGAAAAUUGUAAUCUAUAGUAAACAACCAAUAGGAGUUAACGAGGAAAUUACGUAUGAUUAUAAAUUUCCAUUGGAGGAUGACAAAAUUCCUUGCCUAUGUGGAGCUCCUCAAUGUCGGGGUACCCUGAAUUGAAGCGUUCAUAAAAAAUAUAUUGUUCAUCCUUUUUUCCUGUCUUCUACACUUCAUCAUACCCUUCUCAUAUUUUUGUAAAUAUUUCCCCAUGUAAACAUUUUAUAAAAUGCAAUGGAAAAUGCUAAAUUAUGUUAAUAUGUGCUCCUUUCUUUAUCUAACAUCCUUCCCAUUACAACAAUAUACAAAGUAUCUAAAUAAUUCC